CAGCUCCAGUGUGCUCAGUUGGAGAUAUUCUGAGUGGGUUAUGCCUGGCAUGGUUAUGCCACCAUGUUCACAUCAAAUAUACCUAUGAUGCGGCACAAACCAUAAACUAGGCCAGAUAUGGGCCCCUACAGGCAAAGACAGGAGAACUGAUGAAGGGGAAGGAGAAAUUGGUGGGGGAAGUAAAUGAAUUAUGUCUCUCUUCACAGAAGAGACAAAAUAUCUCACAGGAGUACUGGAGAACUAAUGGCUCAAUGCAAAUUAAUAAAUAAAAUCAAUCAGUUAUCGUUAAAAAAAGACCUGAGAAGUCAUUAAGCUUGAAAACAAAGAAACAACAAGGACCCGAUGAACCAACUGUGAGAGCUUUGAAAGAGGAAUUUUGGAGAAGAGUAGGAAUGAACAUACCAUACUGUUUUUAUAGGGCUUGACAGAAUGAUUGUAUAGUUGAUGUUUCCAGUGAUUGGAGUGCUACACCCUUUGGGUAAAGUCUGAACAUUAGGCUGUGGUAGCUGUGGUAGCUGUGUGGAAUGAGCUUCCAGUGGAAGUGGUGGAGGCAGGUUCGAUUUUAUCAUUUAAAAAUAAAUUGGAUAGGUAUAUGGAUGGGAAAGGAAUGGAGGGUUAUGGUCUGAGUGCAGGUAGAUGGGACUAGGUGAGAAUAAGUGUUCGGCACGGACUUGUAUUUACGAGGGAGUUAGAUGUGGCCCUUGUGGCUAAGGGGAUCAGGGGGUAUGGAGAGAAGGCAGGUACGGGAUACUGAGUUGGAUGAUCAGCCAUGAUCAUAUUGAAUGGCGGUGCAGGCUCAAAGGGCCGAAUGGCCUACUCCUGCACCUAAUUUCUAUGUUUCUAUGUUUCUAUGUAGGGCCGAGAUGGCCUGUUUCCGUGCUGUAAUUGUUAUAUGGUUAUAUAGGCUUCCUUCAUUCAGGAGCAAGAUGAUGAGAAAUUACAUCGGGAAACUUUGGAAUUCUUGAAGUAAGAAGGCUCUGAAGGCUGAGUUACCAAAGACAGAAAAUACAUGAUAACUUUGGGAAGUGCUCCCUGGGAUCAGACAGGAAUAUUGGUGAGGGGUUGUGUGAGUGAUAGAGUAUCAAAGAAUGAAAACAAGAGGGGAAUAUCCAAGGAACUUCAGCUGCUGGUUAAUACGAAAAAAGACAAAGUGCUGGAGUAACUGAGCGAGUUAGGCAGUAUCUCUGGAGAACAUGGAUAGGUGAUGUUUCGGGUCGGGACCAUUCUUCAGAUUCAAGAGGAGAUGAGUUGGUUGUCUAACCUUGAAAAGCUAAGACCUCAAAGACCAGAGAUGAGGUCCAUCUUGGCCUUUUGAUCCACCAUCACACACCUAUUUUCACUAAUCUCACGCUACUCCUAUUUUAUUUUCUUCAUACUCCUAUCAACUCACCUCAAUUUCUACCACCUACCAACUCCAGCAUCUAUUUACACUAACCCACAGAUAGAAUGUGCAAACUGCACAUACAGUGCAUUCAGAAAGUAUUCAGAUCCCUUCACAUUUUCCACAUUUUGUUAUGUUACAACCUUAUUAUAACACGGAUUAAUUUUUUUUAAAUUCUCAUCAAUCUACACACAAUACCCCAUAAUAAAAAAGCAAAAACAGGUGUUUAGAAACUUAGAUAUGACGGCACAGAAGCCACCAAAAGCUAUUCAGCAGGUGUAGCAAGGUAUGGUACUUUGGCCUUUAUUACAAAAGGAUUUGAAUAAUAGAUAUUGGAGUGGGUUAUGUUGAUGCUGCUGAAAAUGCCUGGUGAACUGUAUAUUGUUGCAGCAUGGCUUGCCCGAGGCAGAGGAAGGGAAUAUAUGCAGCCUUACGUAAUCGCGGAUGUUUUCCAGCUGUGCUCUUUGCAGAAUGAACCACUGUCUUCCUAACAGACACAAGCAAACUAUCCACUGCUCUCGCUAACCACAAAGCUGUCCAAGCUCGAUAAAACUAUCUGGCACACCAUUCAUGCAUCACCCUGGGGGACCACACCUUCCCUGUGAGAUACAUCUGCCCCUUGUCUAGGGGAGUGGAACGAUCGCUCCUUCAGGGAUUACGUAAUGAAGCCUGAGAGAGCUGAGCUUUCACAAUGCCUGGGUCUUCACAGUCAGGAAUCAUUUCCGUGCUGUAAUGUCUGUGCAGCGCCUGCCUCCCUGCGGCUGAGCUGCUAUUGGAUGCUCUGCUCUGCUAAUGGUGAGCCUGAAGAGACGCCUGAGGAGUGCUGGAGCAGGUCCCUCACAGUUAGGACGUGCUCCCAGAAAGAUUAAUCUCCUUCCUGUCCCUCGCAGUUGAAAGAGAGCUGCCUUUGGACUCACUUUCACUAUAAGGUUGGUGAAGGAAUGGCUUUGGCACUGUGCCUCCUGUUGGCCACUCUUUGUGUGCGUCAGGCAGUGGCAGGUCAAUGCCCAAGGGAUUGCAUCUGUGGCCAGAAACAACCUGUCAACCAUACUGAGGUGGACUGCUACAAGCGGGGCCUGAGGUCGAUGCCAAGGGAGCUGCCUGGGGACGCCUGGGUUCUUAGGAUGGGUCAGAACUUCCUGCAAACUCUUCCUGCCAGAGUGCUUCAAGGAUUGCCGCACACUGAGAGCAUCAACUUUGAGCACAACACCAUAACAACAAUCCACCCUCGGGCUUUCUCUGGGGCCGGUCAACUGAUACUGGUCAAUCUCCAUGGCAAUCAACUGAGCAGGCUGCCCCGCAGAAUCUUCCAGGGUCUCUCCAGGCUCCGCUUUCUGAUGCUGGGACAAAACCGUUUCACAUUCCUCAGGCCUGAGAUGUUUGCUGGGCUCCACAAUCUGACAGACUUGGACAUGUCAUUGAACGACAUCACCUCACUGCCACCCAAUAACUUCCAGACUCUGAGUGCCCUCAGGAUCCUGGAUUUGGCCUUCAACAAGAUCCAGAAGAUAUCUGGCAACGCCUUCACUGGACUUGGCCUGCUCUACAGUCUCAACCUGGACCACAACAGGAUUCAGUCCAUCCCCCUGAGAACCUUCAAGCCAUUGGGCAGUCUGAAGAUACUGGUGCUGGACAACAACUUGCUCUACACCCUCAACGCCACAGCAUUAGAAGGUUUAGGUAACUUGCGAGAGUUGUAUGUGAGAAAUAAUGACAUUAGCAAGCUUCUAAGAGAUGUCUUCAAACACACUCCCAGACUUACCCAUCUAGCCCUGAACGGCAACAAGCUGAAAUCUAUUGAUGGCACAUCAUUCUUGGCAUUGACAGGUGUCCAGGAGGUUUUCCUGCAUAACAAUCCCUGGUCAUGUGACUGCAGGAUGAAGAGCUUCCUUCGUUGGCUGUCUCAGAGUGAAGUGAAUGUCUUUUCCUUGGAAAUGCUGAGGUGUAGCUCUCCUUCCUGGAACAAGGGCAGGACCCUGAGCAGCCUGAAACCAGUUGACCUGAGGUGCAAGGCAAGAGGCUGAAGAACUGCUCCCAGCCAUUGCGCCAUUUCCUUCCAGCCCCAUUCGCUGCACUUCCCCACUCUUUAUAUGGUUGCUUACCAAAGCUGACCAUCAAAAGACACGGUUGAAAAUGUGCAGAACCAACAUGACUCUCCAAUUCUCAUCUAAUUCAUUCCUUUAAAUAAACAAUUCAAAAAUUACAGCAGUCUCCAGUCUCCAGCACCUCACCCGUAUCCAAUGAUGAUUGAUAUAUCAAAGCCAGUGUGCCUGCAAUUUCUUCUCUAGCUUCCCACAGUGUCUUUAGAUAUAUCUGAUCAGGCCCAGGAGGUUUGUCUCCCUUCAAAUGCCUUAGGCCAUUCAGCACCUCCUUAACCAUAAUAGUGACUGUCCUCAAGACACUUUCAUUAAUUGUCCCAAGUUCCCCAGUCUUCAUGUCUUUCUCCACAGUAAAAAUAGAAAUACUCAUUGUGGACUUUGCCCAUCUCCUACAGCUCCACAUAGAGAUGACCACUUUGGCUUCUGAUGGUCCCCAGUCUCUCUCUCGUCAUCCUCUUUCCUUUAAUGUACUUCAUUGAGGAGAGUUGUGGAUGUAGCCCAGUCCAUCACGCAGACUAAUGUCCCUACCAUCGACUCCAUCUACACUUUAUGCUAAUUUGGGAAAGCAACAAACAUAAUCAAGGACCUUUUUCACCCAGUCUUCCCUCUCCCAUGAAGCAGAAGAAACAAGUAUGAAAGCAUGUACUACCAGUUUCAGGAAUAGCUUCUUCCCCCCUCUUAUCAGAGGCUGACUUCUCAAACACUAGAUGUAAUCCCGAUCUUCAAACCUACCCAUUACAACCUUGUACCUGUUCUCUGUAACAUUAAUGUUAUGAUGCUAUAAAUGCUGACUGGUAUUUUUUUUCUUUGCACUACUUAAGAAUGGCUUGAUUGUACAUGAAUAAUAUGAUUGGAUUGGAUUGCUCAAACAAAACUUUUCACUGUAUCUCGGUACACAUGACGACAAUAAACCAACACUAAUACCCUACGAAAAGUCAACGUGCACGGAAACAAGCCCUUUGGCCCAACUCAUCAUUGCCGACCUAGUUGCCCCAUCUAAGAUGGUCCCAUUUGGCUGUGUUUGCCCCAUA